CCCUCGGCGGCGGCCGCGCGGCGCUCCCGGCGCACUCGGAGCCCGGCGGGGACCGGGAGGCACAGGCGGGUGGCCCUCGAUCCGGGUGCUGGAGCCGAGCGGGGCCCCGGGGCCGAAGUUGGCCGGCCGCUCCGGGAGGCGGCGCGGGCAGCUUCCAGCCCCUGGUCGCGUCCUCGCCGGGACCCGCCGGCCGCCGGGGGACGCGAGCCGCAGCCCGGCCAACUCCGCGGCGGGGACGCCUUGCCGAGAACUUGAGGCUGGAGAGGGAUGUGAAAGCUCAAAAUGACCCUCCUACCGGGAGACAAUUCUGAUUACGACUACAGCGCUCUGAGCUGCACAUCGGAUGCCUCCUUCCAUCCAGCCUUCUUCCCCCAAAGCCAAUCACUCAAGGGUGUCUUCUACCGCCGGGCCCAGCGGCUGCGGCCGCAGGACGAGCCCCGCCAGGGCGGCCAGCCUGAGGACCGCAGGCGGCAGAUCAUCAUCAACGUGGGCGGCAUCAAGUACUCGCUGCCCUGGACCACGCUGGAGGAGUUCCCGCUGACGCGGCUGGGCCAGCUCAAGGCCUGCACCAACUUCGAUGACAUCCUCAACGUGUGCGAUGACUACGACGUCACCUGCAACGAGUUCUUCUUCGACCGCAACCCGGGAGCCUUCGGCACCAUCCUGACCUUCCUGCGGGCGGGCAAGCUGCGGCUGCUGCGGGAGAUGUGCGCCCUGUCCUUCCAGGAGGAGCUGCUCUACUGGGGGAUCGCCGAGGACCACCUGGACGGCUGCUGCAAGCGCCGCUACCUGCAGAAGAUCCAGGAGUUCGCCGAGACGGUGGAGCGGGAGGACGAGGACGACGCGCUGGACAGCGAAGACCUGGACAGCGAGGGCCCCGCGGAGGAAGAGGGCCGCCUGGGCCGCUGCAUGAGGCGGCUGCGCGACAUGGUGGAAAGGCCGCACUCGGGGCUGCCCGGCAAGGUGUUCGCCUUCCUGUCGGUGCUCUUUGUCACGGUCACAGCUGUCAACCUCUCCAUCAGCACCCUGCCCAGCCUGAGGGAGGAGGAGGAGCAGGGCCGGUGCUCCCAGAUGUGCCGCAACAUCUUCAUCGUGGAGUCGGUGUGCGUGGGCUGGUUCUCUCUCGAGUUCCUCCUGCGGCUCAUCCAGGCGCCCAGCAAGUUCGCCUUCCUGCGGAGCCCGCUGACGCUGAUCGACAUGGUGGCCAUCCUGCCCUACUACGUCACCCUGCUGGUGGAUGGCGCCUCCGCGGGCCGCCGCAAGCCCGGCACAGGCAACAGCUACCUGGACAAGGUGGGGCUGGUGCUGCGCGUCCUGCGGGCGCUGCGCAUCCUGUACGUCAUGCGCCUGGCCCGCCACUCGCUGGGGCUGCAGACGCUGGGGCUCACGGCCCGCCGCUGCACCCGCGAGUUCGGGCUCCUGCUGCUCUUCCUCUGCGUGGCCAUCGCGCUCUUCGCCCCGCUCCUCUACGUCAUCGAGAACGAGAUGGCCGAGAGCCCCGAGUUCACCAGCAUCCCUGCCUGCUACUGGUGGGCCGUCAUCACCAUGACGACCGUGGGCUAUGGCGACAUGGUACCCAGGAGCACGCCCGGCCAGGUGGUGGCGCUCAGCAGCAUCCUCAGCGGCAUCCUCCUCAUGGCCUUCCCCGUGACCUCCAUCUUCCACACCUUCUCCCGCUCCUACCUGGAGCUCAAGCAGGAGCAGGAGAGGGUGAUGUUCCGCAGGACCCAGUUUCUCAUCAAGACCAAGUCGCAGCUGAGCAGCAUGUCCCACGACAGUGACAUCUUGUUUGGAAGUGCCUCCUCGGACACCAGAGACAAUAACUGAGACCAGAGGACGCACCCCGCCACUGCCACCGCCAGGACGCGCCCCCGCCCCCUAACCCUGCCCGCCCUCUGAGGCUUGACGCUACCACCAUCGCUGCAGAAGCCUCCAAAGGCACGUGCUGCUUCUGAGCACAGCCCUGGCCUGGGAUGGACCGAGCCAUGCCCCAGGGAAGAUGGCCCCACCCCGGCAGGGGGUCCCUGGUCCCCUACGUCCAGAAGCGAAGCCCAGCACACAGUCCUGACAGUCCCCCACCCCACCCCACAACCCUCCCUAGCAAGGAGAUGGCUUGUUCUUUCCACCAUGUAAUUAACAUGCCCAGCAAAGACUCGCUUUGUGGGGCUGCCUAGGGAACAAUACAAACAGCAGCUGCAAGUC